AUGCUGUCGGGCAGUCCGCCGGAGCUGGAGCCUCCUCCGCGCCUGGGACUCAUGCUCGGUCUAUUCACCAACCGUUCUGGACAACAACGACACCGUGCAGCGUACCGGACCUCAUCUUUAUACCCAAGCAACCUGCCUUGGUCCCAUCAAAUCGAGGCUCUUCAGAAUCAAAAAGUUGUUCAGGAGUAUAUCCUUCGCAGCCUCACAGCCUCGCAACUUGUUCCUGCCAAUAGGCUCACAGGAUUCUCGACGCCUCCGAAGUUGGCAGAGGAAAACACGAGGCCAAGCUUCUCGGCACAACCUGUCCGUAUACCAAAUAACCGAGUGUCGCAAUUCGUACCUCAUCCAUCCAACUGUCAUCCUUCAACGGCUGCUCAGAUCUUGAAGAAGAAACAGGACCCAAGCAUGAGGCGUUGUACCUCAUCUCGACGUUACGCAAGCAAACCCACUCUUGCCCCCCGAUUGCCGGCCGACAACACGCUCGCGCCCAAUCUGGCUACCCAGGCGCUCGACCUUCAAUGCAGAGUGUUGCUUGAAUACCUCUUCAAGGCGCUGACGCCGCAUACUCUCUCCACUUACAAGCCCCGCGUGGAACUCACGUUGAUCGACUAUAUCCAGCAGUACCCCAAUCCUCUUCCGGCCCAACUCCUCUGGGCCACGCGCUGCCUGGCGACUCUUCACUCCUCCGUGGAUUCCACCCCUCAGCCAGGUACAUCUGCCCUCGUCAACAGUCGUCGUAUGUAUCAGCAGGCUAUCCGACAUCUCUUAAUCAGCCUAUACUGCCCUCGCUCUGCGCGCUCGGACGAAACUUUGACUGCGGCCAUGCUGCUCUGCGUCUACGAGAUGAUCGACCGUACCAACCCUGAGGCCUGGAUGAUCCACUCCCGCGGGAUAACCAACUUGCUCCGGAUACGUGGGCCCAAGGCGCACAGGAGCGGAAUUGGUCAGACACUUCUGCUAUGUCUCCGUCCGAUCCUCGUUGCACAGGCUUUGACUCGUGCGGAGCCAUGCCUGCUCGGGGAACCGGCAUGGAGGAAACUGGGCAACGAGAUGAUGCGCUCCCAGAAAGGUGCAGAGCAUUUUCUGAACACUUGGACUGAGUGCUCUUUUGGGGAGAUCGCGAUGUGUCCGGGAUUACUGGCUCGUACACAGGCCAUCCUCUCAGAUCCCGGCUUCUCAUUAGAAGACGAAGCGAUAACAAAGAGGAAACGGCUGCUCACGCAGAUAACCUCCAUCCGCACAGCGUUACGAACGCUUAAUCUACAGAUAGAACUGGAAUUCGGGAAGUAUGAUGCUGACGAAAAAUCGCCUUGCGGUCUGCGGAGGCUGUCCGAAUGUAUCCCGCCUGACUCCGCGGAACGGUUUGUUCUAUACCUACAUCGAGGUAUCCAGGUCGGCGCCGCUAUGUUGGACCAGUUAGUGACUCUGUUAGUGUCGGACGAUAAAAGACGUUGUCAGCAAGAAACUAGUGCAAGUGCUGCAUUGAAGAGGUAUUAUGACACGCAGGACAGUACAGGUGUAGGGGCAAAGACCAUUCCAAGAACUCGCUUAGACGCUACACAUCUCCCUACACAAACAGAGUCAUUAGCCAUAGCAGAGGAUAAUGGUCGUCGGGAAACUUCUUGCCUAGCACACCAGUUGGACAUUCUGUGCAUGAGCCAGGGGAUGAUCCAGCAUCUGCUCGGAUCAAUUCAACAGAAGAUAAUUAUUCGUCUAUUCGAACAUCUAGACCUUCUGAACAAAAUCGAUAUAAGGUACUUUGCCUGGACAGGUCUCGAUUAUGAUGGUGCUGAAGUGAGAGUUGACUUCCUGCAUCAGCCCACGCCGAGUGCGACCCUACAACGAUCCUAUGGAAGCUUCCGCAUGACUCAGGAGCUCAGGCUUCUGUUGCAGUAG